AUGCAUCUCAGAACUCCAGCGUUACUAUUGACAGCGCUAGCCUCGCAGGUGAGCGCCCGUCUGUGGCCGCAAACAAGCCCAAAUCUAGAUGCACCGCAAGUCUUCCAAACCACCGACCAGCUGCCGCUGGCGAACCCAGGGCAUAUCACAGCACACGACCCCAAUGUGCUCAAGCACGGAGACCAUUAUUACCUCUUCAAAGGCGGGUGGGGCGUGUCAAUUCUCAAAUCCAAGGACAUGAGUGGGCCAUGGGAGGAAGUCGGCCGAGUUCUCGACGACGACAGCGUGAUCGAGAAGGGCAACCGGUCGUGGCCGUGGGCGCCGACCACAAUCGAGAAAAACGGCCUCUUCUACUGCUACUACGCAGUCAGCCAGCAAGGGUCACGCAACAGUGCCGUCGGCGUGGCCACAACGACCGACAUCAACCGCAGCGGCUGGCACGACCAUGGCGCCCUGAUCAACACGGGCUUCGGCGACCACGCGGACGCGUACCCGUUCACUGUCACCAAUGCCAUCGACCCUGCCUUCAUCACCGACGAGCACAACAAAUCCUAUCUGAUCUACGGCAGUUUCUGGGACGGCAUCUGGAAGCUGCCGCUGUCGGAUGAUCUGCUCUCCAUCAAGAACCCCAGCGAGCCCGAGGCCGUGCAGCUCGUCUACCUCCCUGACCUCGAGCUGAAGCCCAUCGAGGGCGCCUGGAUGAGCUACCGUGAUGGCUACUACUACACCUGGUUCAGCCAUGGCGAGUGCUGUGACCUCGAGAAGCAGUUCCCCAACGCCGGCCAGGAGUACAGUAUCCGGGUUGGCCGGUCGAAGAGCGUGAACGGCCCGUUCGUGGACCGCGACAAUAUUGGCUUGCUCGAUGGCGGAGGCACCAUUGUUUACGGGUCUAACCACGGCAUCGUCUAUGCCCCCGGCGGACUGGGGGUCGUGUCGGGCCAUGGCUCCAAGCGGGAUAUUCUCUACUACCAUUACCUGAACACGACUAUUGGGUUUGAGUUUGAGAAAGCUCAUCUGGGCUGGAAUGCCUUGGAGUAUGAGGAUGGAUGGCCCGUUGUUGUCGAUGGCGUCAAUCUCGAGCCUACUACAUCCAGCCCUGACCCCAACGGCGCUGCCAGUGCCACAAUUAUUACCAGCACGAGUACCAGCACUGGUACUAGCUCUAGCUCUAGUGCCGGUGCCGGCUCCGGCACCACAAGUAGCCCCAGCCCCAGCGCAAGCUAUAGCGCAGGCUCCAUUAUUGGGCUUCCAGGCUGGUCAAGGACGAUGAUCUUGAUGGGUUCAUGGCUGUACAUGUGGACAUAA